AUGCAGUUGAAAUUAAACUUGAUUGCUGCCGCAUGUGGUGAUAACCUAGGGAUUGGAAUCAACGGACGUUUGCCAUGGAAACUCAAGGCUGAAAUGGCAUUUUUCACUAACAUGACAACUAAAACUGAAAAUGUUAACAAAAAAAAUGUUGUCAUUAUGGGACGAAAAACGUGGGAGGGUAUCCCAAAAAAGUUUAGACCACUACAAAAUCGAAUAAAUAUUAUUUUAUCUCAUCAAAAAAUGCAAGUAGUAAUAAUGGUUUUGAUACCAGUAGAUAUCUGGCCAUUAAUUUAUUUUAUUCAACAAAUUAAUAAGUCAGACUACGAAAAUGAACCAAUUGUUUGUCAAAGUUUACAACAUGCACUGGACACUAUUUCCAAGACUGAUCUUUGUGAAAUAGUUGAAAAUAUUUGGGUGAUUGGCGGUCACGCUGUUUACAAAGCAGCUAUGGAUCAUCCUAAUUGUUUCCGAAUAUACUUGACUUAUAUUAAAAAAGAUUUUGAAUGUGACACGUUUUUUCCGUCUAUUCCCAACAAUUUUAUUGAAACAAGCGAUACUAACAUACCCUCGGAUAUCCAAGAAGAAAAUGGUAUUCAAUUUCUUUAUAAAGUUUAUGAGAAGGUUUCAAAUUAA